GAUAUAUAAAAAUGAGUCCGUUCGACGUAAUGCGAGGGCUUUACAAGGCAGUGAUCAAAGAGGAAUGGAAGAGUGUGCAAGAAGAAUUAAAAGAGGAAAUGAAGAUCGUUUUUCCAAUGACCACCAGCAAAGACACGGCGUUGCAUCUGGCGGUGUACAGCGGAGAAGAGCAGCCGUUGAAGAGUUUACUGGCGGCGAUUACCACAGUGCGCGAUGAUUUCUGGAGGAACAGUGCCGGAAACACGCCGUUGCAUGAAGCUGCCACAAUCGGGAAUUUGGCGGCCGUGAAGCUUCUAGUCGAUUACAAUAAAGACGAUCUGUUAGCAGAGAAUAUUUAUGGGGAAACUCCUCUGUUUAGAGCGGCUCGAUGUGGGCAUCUUGACAUUGUUAAGUUCAUCUUGGAGGACUGUGAUGAUUACCUGUCUCGAUCCCCUAGGAAUUGGACUACAAGAAACAAUAAACCCAUUAUUCAUGCAGUGAUUCAGAGCCAGAAAUUCGAUGUUGCGUUGAAAUUGGCUGAGUUCGACGAGUCGCUGUUGGAAAUGAAGGAUUCAGAAGGCAAAACGGCUCUUCAAGUCUUGGCUAACAUGCCCCUCGCUUUCCGUAGCGGAUCCUCCCCCACCUUCUUCGAAUCAUUUAUCUAUACUCUGCUUCCUAGUGAGGACAUUUACCAUUACAAGCCCUCAAAUUCUGAGUCUUCCAAAAACCAUGCGAGUUGCUGCUUAAAAAACAAGAAGAAUGGUGAUUUAGAAGCCGGAACCAACUCUAAUCGUCCACCCAAUUUUUGGAUAUAUUUUGGAGGAUGUUUGACAGGGCUGUUUUGGAGAUUCAUCUUUCUGGGAUGGCCACAAUGGAAAGAGAUGUAUAAGAAAAAGCGACACCACAAAUUAGGCGUAACCAUCACCAACAAGCUUGCUCAAAUCGAUAAUUCAUGGCGUAAAACCAAAGUGACACCGGACACCACCGAAAUCGACUCCAUCGGAAUCUCUCUCUCCGACGAAAACGAAAAACUGGAUAUCUUAGAAAUCCAAUCUAAACCCGUUAACAACCAAGGAGAAAUCCCAGACUUCGAAUACAAUGAUCACCAUGAAACCCCUCUCCUUCUCGCUGCCGCCAAUGGAAUUAUCGAGAUCGUCGACGAGAUCUUCCAAGCGAAUCCUCAGGCCGUCGAUUACCUAACGGUACAAGACAGAAACAUUCUUCACGUCGCUAUUGCACAUCGCCGGAAAAAUAUCUUCGAUUGGAUUUUGAAACGAAGAUUAAUAAUGGCGAGGCUCGUCAGUAGAAUUGACGACAUGGGAUUCACUGCACUGCACCAUGUGGGUAUCACGAAAUUCUACAGCGGUGGGACUCAUGGCCCUGCUCUGCAACUUCAAGAAGAGCUAAAAUGGUAUGAACGCGUGCAAACUCAGAUCCCUGCGCUCUACACCAUGCAUCACAGCAAGAUGAAAUGGACAGCUCGUGAGUUCUUUGAGAAGACGCAUAACAAACUGCUCGAGGAUGGGAAAGAAUGGCUAAAGAAAACCUCUGAGUCGUGUUCUGCUGUCGCCGUCCUCAUUUCCACCGUCGUCUUCGCCGCCGCCUACACUGUCCCUGGCGGCCUCAACAGCAAUACAGGCUCUCCAGUCCUCCUCACUGAACCCAUCUACAUCGUCUUCACUAUAAUGGACAUCAUCGGCCUCGCCACGGCGCUCACCUCAUUGGUUCUGUUUCUCUCUGUUCUAACAUCGUCAUUUAAGAUGGAUGCUUUUCUUUACACUUUGCCGCUGAAAUUGUCGAUGGGAUUUCAAUUGCUGUUCCUAUCAGUGGCAACCACGAUGAUGGCAUUUGCAUUGACGAUCGUGUUGACAGUGAAGACGGAGGAGAUGAAGUGGACGGUGAGUUUGUUGUAUUUGGCGACGUUUUUUCCAGUGACGAUGUUUAUAAUCAUUCAAAUGCCGUUGUAUGUGGAAUUGGUGAAGAACAUUUGGGGUUAUCGCCACAGUCUUUCCAAGUUCUUUCCCAUGGGUUUUGUUGCAUUGUUUUGGAACGCCCCUUCCAAAAUUUUGACCAGGAAAUUUGUUUGAUUUUUCAUGGCGCUCUAAUUAUUGCUGCCUGCCUUUAAUUUUAUAUGUGCCUGCCCAUUCAUGAAAAAGAAGUUGAUUUG